AUGCAGAUCCGUCGCACUCUGGCAGCGCUAGGGACUGGCCUACUUCUGACCCGUCCGACACUAGCGAUCGAGUUGGACGUCAAUAGCGAAGACUCUCUCAAAAAUGCCGCCUCGAUAGCAACCUACGGAGCAUUUACAUACUACUCUGGCAACGACUCCGGGGGAAUUCCCGGUGCCUUCCCUUCCAAAUGGUACGAGGGUGCUGCGCUGUUCAUCGUCGCGCUCAACUACUGGCACUACACGGGCGACGACACAUAUAAUGCCAUCACGGCUGAGGGACUGGAAUGGCAAAGUGGACCUCAAGGCGACUAUAUGCCGACCAACUAUAGUCAGUUUUUGGGAAAUGACGACCAAAUGUUCUGGGGCAUUGCCGCUAUCACUGCCGCAGAGAUGAAUCUUCCCCAAGCCCCUUCAUCAUAUGGAACGUGGGAUUGGCUCGCCCUUGCCGAGGGCGUUUUCAGAGACCAGACCAACGGCGAUGGUGUGGGCUGGGAUACAUCCACCUGCGGUGGCGGCGUACGAUGGCAAAAAUUCUUUUACCAAGGAGGUGGUUAUACUAUGAAGAAUUCCAUCUCGAAUGGCGGGUUGUUCCAACUGGUUGCUCGCCUCUAUCGCUAUACUGGCAACUCGGAAUACAAGGACUGGGCCGAAAAGAUCUGGAAUUGGUCUGUGAACUCGCCUUUGGUGAAUAACCAGACCUGGAAUGUGGCCGACUCUACGGAAACGCAGGACGGUUGUACAAGCCAAGGCAACACGCAGUAUUCCUACAACUACGGCACAUAUCUGAUGGGGGCCGCGUUCAUGUAUAACUCGACAACGGGCGCCGAGCAGGAGCAAUGGGCAACUGCAGUCUACGGCCUUGCAAACCAAACCCUGGAGAUAUUCUUCCCUCAACAAUACAAUUAUGUGAUGUUCGAGCUGUCAUGCGAUGGGUUCAUCACUUCGUGCUUCGAUAGCAACAAUUUCUUGAUGAAGGGCUGGACCACUUCCUGGCUAGCGUUGACGGCAACCCUGGUCCCGCAAACAUACUCGCAAAUUCUUCCCAAACUCCAGGCCUCAGCCGGGGGAGCGGCAAAGGCUUGCUCGGGAAGUACUCUCGGCGGCAACGAAUGCGGCGAGAGUUGGGUGACGGGCUCGUUCGAUGGUCGCGCCGGCAUGGAGCCUGAGAUCAGUGCCGGCAAUUGUUUCGCUGCGAACCUGGUCGCUUUCAGCAACAACAUCGCGAGGGGGCCCUUGACUCAGACGACGGGAGGCAAUAGCCAAGGCAACCCUAACGCGGGUAAGAAUGACAACAAUGGUGGCAACACCAUGCAACCCAUUACGACGGGAGACCGAGCAGGAGCUGGAAUUCUUACUGCCAUUUUUGUCCCUGGUUGGGUUGCCCUCAUGGCGUGGAUGAUACUUUUCGAGUGA